GAGCGAUUAGGGAUUUUGCCUUCGGCUGAGCCGACCUGCUUUUGAAGGACUAGGGGCUUGGCGCGGAAAGUGCGUCUUGACAUUCCUGGAACAGCGUGUGCUUGCCACCUGGGUGUUACUCUGACUGCUGGGUUAUACUGACACCAGCCGCGCCCUAGUUUUGUAGCGUUUGUGUUAAUCUGAGGAAGUGGCUUUGCUAAAUGGGACAAACCGCAAGAGUAUCUAAAAUUUAGCACCUUUAAAUCAGUGUCUUCUGGGCCGGGCAUUUAGGUCAGUGGCACAGCGCCCGCAAGCGUUAGGUCCUGAGUUCGAUCCCUGGUAACCCCUCCCCCCCCAAAAAAGUGUCUUCUGCAAGCAGCUUGAGUGUCUUCCACGAGCUCUUCCACCCAUGCCAAGUGAUGUUAAAGAUGAUAUUCCACUUAGUCAUCCUAAGAAAAAGAAGUCUAGAGCAAAAAGAUUGAGAGGUAGUGCUUCUUUGGAAGGCCUUGCUGAUCCUGUUCUUCGUAGGCCAUCUGUGUGCAGUGAGCUACCGACUCCAGAGCUCAGAGAGGACCAGUGGAGGCAGAAGAAGACAAGGCCACCUCUCAAGCAUGAGACUUCCUUCACCCAGAAGAUAUCUAGUCCAUCUUCAUUACGAAAAGCAAAUGGUAUUGCUGUGGACCCAGCUGAGAAGGCAGUUACUCAAAAACCUCGAAGGAAGGCAAAGAAAACCAAGCUAGCAGAGUUACAGUAUGCCAAUGAACUAGGAGUAGAAGAUGAAGACAUAAUUACUGAUGAGCAAAGAGUUCCAGAACAACAGUCUAGAUUCACUGCACCCACUGGAAUUAGCCAGCCUGUAGGCAAAGUAUUUGUCGAAAAAAGCCGGCGAUUCCAGGCUGCUGAUCGUUCAGAGUUGAUAAAGACCACAGAAAACAUAGACGUAGACGUGACCAUGGACGUGAAGCCUUCCUGGAGCACCAGAGAUGUGGCACUUUCUGUACACCGAGCUUUCAGGAUGAUUGGUCUCUUUUCUCAUGGCUUUCUGGCGGGCUGUGCUGUGUGGAAUGUUGUUGUGAUCUACACUCUAGCAGAUGAACAGCUGUCUGACCUCCCCAACCUUCUGCAGCAAUACAAGACCUUAGCAUAUCCAUUCCAGAGUCUCCUGUACUUGCUUUUGGCUCUAAGUACAGUCUCAGCUUUUGACAGAAUUGACUUUGCUAAGACAUCAGUAGCAAUUCGAAAUUUUUUUGCCCUGGACCCAGCAGCUUUAGCAUCUUUUUUGUACUUCGUUGCUCUUGUACUGUCUCUGAGUCAGCAGAUGACAAGUGACAGAAUCCACCUUUACACACCUUCUGUUAACAGCAGCCUCCGGGCUGCAGCAAUUGAGGAACAGAGUCUGCAGCAGUGGAUUUUGGUGAAUUUGGUGGUGGCCCUUCUGGUGGGAUUGUCUUGGCUAUUUUUGUCAUAUAGACCAGGCAUGGAUCUUAAUGAAGAGUUAAUGUUCUUCUGUGCUACGGAAGAGUAUCCAGAGAGAGGCAUCAAAGCCUCUUCAUAGUAUCAGCUCAUCUGCAGAGGGAUAAUGGCCCAGUAUUUUUCCCACCUUUCAAAUAAAUGUAUUUUAUAUGUAUAUGUGUAUUUGU